CUGAAGGAGAACUCAGUACCAUGGCAAGAACCAAGCAGACCGCUCGCAAAUCCACCGGAGGCAAAGCUCCCAGGAAGCAACUGGCCACUAAGGCCGCUCGUAAGAGCGCCCCAGCCACUGGUGGCGUCAAGAAGCCUCACCGUUACAGGCCCGGUACCGUGGCUCUGAGGGAGAUCCGUCGUUACCAGAAAUCCACCGAGCUGCUCAUCCGCAAACUCCCCUUCCAGCGUCUGGUCAGGGAAAUCGCCCAGGAUUUCAAGACCGACCUGCGCUUCCAGAGCUCUGCCGUCAUGGCUCUGCAGGAGGCCAGCGAGGCUUAUUUGGUCGGACUGUUCGAGGACACCAACCUGUGCGCCAUCCACGCUAAGAGGGUCACCAUCAUGCCCAAAGACAUCCAGCUGGCCCGCCGCAUCCGCGGAGAGAGGGCGUAAAUUGAUCCGAAAUUAACUGCUACCCAACGGCUCUUUUAAGAGCCACCUACAAACACUGCCAGAGCAACUUUCCAAGUUAAAAUCCUUAUUAGCAGUCAAUGUUACUGACCAAAUGUUCCACAAAGAUAACCAUAUAUUGCCUGUCAUUGCAAUCUGUUCCUCAUGGCCAUAGGUCUGAUGACUUGUUUUGUUAAUUUGUCAUGAUUCUGAUUGCAAAUGAUAAAUAUGACCGUUAUGUGUGAAUUCUGUCUGGCAGUGAAAAGGAAGGGUUAUUUUUCCCUAAACUCUUGUCUGGUUAGGUGUGUAAACAAACAAACAAAAAAAAAAACACUAAGUCAUGGUGAGAAAAGCCUCAUACCUUUCUUACUGUGCAUCACUCCACUUCAUCCACUGGUGAGUCCAACUUGAUUCACAUUGCAGAGACAUUAAUUUUCACCAGUCAUGAUCAAGCCUGCAUCCUUAUGAUAAUAUCAGAUUCUGUGAAGCUUCAGCGUUUGCCUUGAGUGGAAUGAAAGCAAGUAUUCUCGUGGUUCAACUCCCUUGGAGUUUAAAAUCCGCUAACACAACUCCUCCUUGACAGUUAUAUGUGAAGGAUUACACUUUCUGGUUAACAAUUAAAGCUCUCCUCUCUUCUUGCCACCAGUUUUAGGAUCUCUGCUGACCCUAUAAGAGUGAAGAAGUCAUCAUCAGUACCUCGAUCUCAUCCUUUGUUGGGCAGAAAGUUGAUGUUUCCCAUGAUGGCAGAUGAAAGGGCCUAUAUAUCCAUUUCCUAGCUUUUAUCUUUUUCUCUUUUUUGAAUUUUGAACUUGUUUCUUAAACAUGAGUUUGGCUUUGGGUCAAGUUGUGCUGUCCUUGUUGUCCUGCUUGAAUAAAAGUGUGUUUUUUUAUUAUUAUCUCUAAUGUCCUGAUAGUAGUUCAACAACAAUAAAAACCCUCUCACAUUA